AUGCCAAUGAUUCCUAAAACUCCCGAAAAGGAGCGUCUAUACGACCACACCGUCACUUUUCACAAACAUCAGCACGGCUUCAAUCCGCACCGGGCGUUGGUUUUCAUACAUGGCGGGGCUUGGAUAGAUCCCACAAACACACCUCAUGACUUUGAUGGUUUCUCUCAAGAAAUAGUGGCUAAUACGGGCAAAGAGAUUAGCUACUCCCUGUACGGUAUCGAAUAUCGACUAUCACCCCUCGUUAAACAUCCUACGCAUAUUUGCGACGUUAUCGAAAACUUGUGUCAGUUGAUCGAGCAAGAACAAAUCGAUGAGCUCAAUCUCAUGGGCCACUCAGUGGGCGCGACACUUGCGUGGCAGAUUUUAAGCGAAACUCCGUCGCCUUCGGUUUUGAAGGAAUUUAUCGACGUCAAUUGCCUAAAAUUGGUUAGAUCAAGACUUAAAAUGUGUUAUCUGGCUGAGGGUAUCUUUUCUGUUCAAGAGCUAUUGAACGAGUACCCAGAUUAUGACUACUUUAUCUCACAAGCAUUUACCAAGUUUUUGAAGUUUGAUGAACCGGCGGAUUCACUUCUCUCGAUUCCUCCUCAGAUCGAUAUUCGUAUUAUUCAUUCUUACGCGGACGAGUUACUUAGCCCACGCCAGACGAAUUAUCUCGCUGGCAUCUUACAGAAAAUCAAAAGACCCUACACCGUGAUGUUCGAAACUUUUGGAAAACACAAUGAAGUGUAUUGUAAUCGGCGGUUGGCGAAGUACAUAGUGGACACGAUCGAUAGUUGA